UUUCUAAAGAAUGUUUAUUAUUGAUCAAUGAAAUUUAUUUUUUGGCUACUGAGAUCAGGUGUUAUUUAAUUACAGAUUCAAUUGGUUAAACUGUUUUAAUUUAUUUGUAAUUAUUCAUUAAUACUUUCCUAAUCUUUGUAUUAUCUGUACAGUGUAGUGUUGAUUAGUUCUUAACUUGAUCCAUUCGAUAUUUAUUGAUACUAAUUGAUUCUCUCUUCCUUUAAAAAUGACUGGUAGAGAUUUAAGACUAGCAGUUGUUUGCUCUUCUAACCAAAAUCGAAGUAUGGAAGCUCAUCAAGUCCUUAAUAAGAAAGGUUUCAAUGUACGAUCUUUUGGAUCAGGUAAUUGUGUAAAAUUACCUGGACCUUCAUUUGACAAACCAAAUAUAUAUGAUUUUAAUACUACAUAUGAUCAAAUGUAUACUGAUUUGAUAAACAAAGAUAAGACUUUAUACACUCAAAAUGGGAUUCUUCACAUGUUGGACCGCAAUAGGAGAAUUAAACAAAAGCCAGAGAGAUUUCACGACUGUUUUGAUAAAUUUGAUGUCAUAUUUACUUGUGAAGAAAGAGUCUAUGAUCAAGUAAUUGAAGAAUUAGCUGCUCGAAUACCAACUGACAAUAGCAAAGUUCACGUGAUAAACAUUGAUAUACAGGAUAAUCACGAAGAGGCCACUAUUGGAGCUUUCCUGAUUCUUGAAUUAGCUCAAUUACUAUCACAAUCAGACGAUCUUGAUAAUGAUAUAGAUGAAUUGUUACAAGAUUUUGAGGCUAAAUCAGAAAGAUCUCUAUUACAUUCUAUCGCUUUCCAGUGAAAGGCUCAGUGAUUAGUUUAUUCUAUAUUUUGCUUGCCUGUGGAAUUUUGAAUUUACUCUACAUCUUGUGAUGACAUUUCUCUUAUUUUUAGACAAUUAAUCGAUUGUUAACCUUGGAAAUGGAGCAUAAGAAAAAUGACCAUUGAUAAACGACUCAAUAAUCUGUGAUUCUGGGUGAUUGAACGAAUUAAAUUGUAACUACAAAUUUACUAAUAAUUUCCAUUUUCCCAUAAUGGUUGCUGAAAUCAUUAGCUUUGAAAAUAUUCAAAUCAACUUUCUAAAUUUCAUCCUAAAUUUUGUUCCAAUUCAAUCAAACCGUGAGAUAAGUCUUUGAAACGAUUUUCUCUGAAAUACUUUAUGAAAUAAAUAACGAAUGAUUAUAUUAAAUA